CAGACACGCACUGGUCAUUAUAGGACAAACGCAGCUUAUGAAUGUAUCAACUCUGAACAAACAGCUUUUUGAGUUAACUUAAAUAUUGCAUUUUAAAUACAUAUAUAGGCUUGUAGUUUUUUUUCUUCUCACCUGCUGUAUUCAGAAACACUUGCAAUGAGGCUGACUUCCUUCCUUAUCCUCGCUUUUCUUGCAGCUUUGCUUGCAGCGUCUGUGUUGGGACAAGGCAAUACCACCACAGAUGAAGGACUUACGCCUCAAUACUCAACUUCAAGUACCAGUCGAGCCAGCAGCGGUAAUGGAUUCACCUUCAGCAACACUGUCACCGUCUCAAAAACUUCCAGGGACAUGAACGCCACCAGCAGCAACAGCACCAUCAUGCCAUCAAUGAACGUGACAGAUGUUGAAACGCCAACCCAAAGUGGUGCAACUGAGUUGGUGACAACCAGCAAGCAGAUGACCACACCUAAACCCAUCGUUUCCAAUGGCACCGAAGGAAGGAACGACGACAAGAGGACAACCGUUAAACCAAACCCUGCAGAAAGCGACAGCACUGGUAUCAUCAUCCUCGUCAUCAUCAUCCUUGUAGCUGCUGUGUUUGCAGGUGCUUGUUACCUGGCACGAAGGAGAGGCAGACGCUACUCUGUUGAUUUCACUUCUCGGCCCGAUGAGACCAACAUCCCUCUCAGUGCCGUAGAGCCUGAGGCGCCAGCUGAUACUCUGCCUUACAACGGCGUGCAAACAUUUGAAACUGAAGAAACUCCUGCGAAUGAGCAGCAGGAAUCAGAAGAAAAACCCGAAGCACCUGAGGAGCCGAAAGCUGAGUCUGAUAAAUCUGUCGUGGAUCCCUCUGCUGAGUCUGCGGCCCCGCUUCCAGACGGCACACCGGAGGAACCAAAAGCGGACGCUGCCGAGCAGCAGGAGAGCCCCCCCGCACCUGUGGAGACCAGCAUGGAGGACAAAACUGACGACGAAGGCGCCGUCUCCAGUAAGACCUCUGUGGAGUCGCUGAAGGAGACAAAUGAGAACAACAGCAACAGCGCCGAGUCCAGUCGGAGGAGAGAUCUAAAGAUGAGGGACAUCGUCUGGGAAGUUCCUCUCAAGUGUCCUGUGUGAGAUGUUAUCCUCGCCCUUUAAGCAGGCUGUUCCUGAAAAACCCGACUGAAGCAGUAAAAGUAAAGUGAUGGCAGCGGAGAAGGACGCUCUCAAAUACUCUUCCCCGCUAGCACCGUGAUACAGAGGAAAAAUGCUUGUAACAGGAGCUCUUUUAAGUUUGUGUAUCAGCUGAGGAGAAUUUUUUGCUCAUAUUAUUAGUGUCAUUUUUGAUGAUGAGGUGGCAAUGUAAAUAUAAUUCUGCAGAAGUGUUUAUCCAAGAAAUGUCAAGGACUGUCUUUUCCCUGUGAUCCUUUUAAACACGGGUUUCAAACCCCACCCUUUAUCCUCCAGCUGUAUUCUUCUGCUCUUGUUCUGUGGAGGCCCAUUGUCUUUGUUAAAUAUCACCUUGGCUCAACACAUCCACAUUACGUGUAUAGCUAUAGAGAAUAAGAACAAAUAAGGCGAAAACAUAUUCAACCAUCAGUUUUAGUGCUGAUGAUGCUGUGUAAUUUUUGUAGAUGUUGAAUUUUCCUUCUUUCCUUACGUUUUUUGAUGCUUUUCUUUUGUUGUUCUGCAUUUUGGCUGCUCUCCUUCCAGAGUCCCAACAGCAUUGUGUAUUCAGGAGGUUUUGGUUUCACACCAUCAACCUGAUGUUGU